AUUGAAACGGCAGAAAGAAACAACCGAUUACGAGGACAGAAACCGAACAAACCCCAACAAACCAGGUCGUUUAUUCACGGGAGAGAGUCGAGGAACGGCGGAGUGGAAUUUAACGAGCUAAAUGAGGCGAAAUGGAGUGAAAAUGGAGUGAAUUUUGGAGGUGAAACCCGAUGGAGGCGCUGAGAAGUUUUCGGUUGGUGCUGCUGCUAUGUUACUUCUGCAGAAUCACAGCAGCCAGAGUAUGUCUGGGUACAGAUAUGAAGCUGGCCCUGCCGUCCAGUUUGGAGAAUCAUUAUGAGAUGUUACGACUGCUUUACACCGGCUGCCAGGUCGUCCAUGGCAACCUGGAGAUCACACAUCUACAGGGAACGCCGGACCUGUCCUUCCUGAAGGAGAUCGUGGAGGUUCAGGGCUACGUGCUGAUUGCUCGCGUCUCCGUGUCCGUGAUUCCUCUGGAGAACCUGUGCAUCGUCAGAGGCAGUCAGCUCUACAACUCCAGCUACGCCCUCGCCGUUCUGGAAAACUCCGGCAUUACACAGCUCCGCUUCAGGAGCCUCACCGAGAUUUUGCUGGGUGAUGUUUACAUCUUGGAUAACCCAAAGCUCUGCUUCCCCAACCCUCAGAAGAUCGACUGGAGGGACAUCAUGGCUGUUCAGGAUCUAAAUGUAAAGCUACAGCAUCUACAAUCAGCAACAUCUCAGUGUCCUCCUUGUUUCAGCUCCUGCAGCUCCAAAGCAUGCUGGGGAUCCACCGGUGACGACUGCCAAACACUGACGAACGUGCGCUGUACCUCCGGCUGUAAGCGCUGCAAAGGUCCGGACGCCAGCGACUGCUGCCACGUACAGUGUGCCGCCGGCUGCACCGGCCCCAGAGACUCCGACUGUCUGGCUUGCCGUCACUUUAACGACAGCGGGACGUGUAAGGACAACUGUCCUCCUCCCAUGUUCUACGACUCCAUCACCUUCCAGUCCAGGCCGAACCCCAACAAGAAGUUCAGCUUCGGAGCCACUUGUGUCAAAGAGUGUCCAAAGAACUAUUUGGAGAUGGAGGUGGCAUGCACCAUGGUUUGCCCCAAAGCUAACUUCGAGGUCAUCAGCAAGGAGAAUGGUCAAGAGACGCAAAAGUGUGAGAAGUGUGAAGGAGAGUGUCCGAAAGCAUGUUAUGGACUCGGGAUGGGAGGCCUCCAGGGCGUGACGGCUGUGAACUCCACCAACAUCGACUCCUUCCAGGACUGCAAGAAGAUCUACGGCAGCCUGGCUUUCCUUCCACAAUCCUUCCAAGACGAUCCCCUCCGAAAUAUUUCUGGCCUGCAGCCGAGUGACCUUGAGGUGUUCAGGAAUUUGGAGGAGAUCACAGGCUACCUGUACAUCGAUGCGUGGCCGAAGAACCUGAGCGAUCUGGGUGUGUUCGAGAAUCUGACGGUCAUCCGGGGACGAAUGCUCUACAAGGGGGUGUUUUCUCUCGGGGUGCAGUCGCUACACAUCGAAUCUCUAGGUCUGCGAUCCCUGCGGAGCGUCAGCGGCGGCUUGGUUCUCGUCCACAACAACUCUCGUCUGUGUUACUCCUCGUCUCUACCCUGGUCCUCUCUGCUGUACUCGAAUCAGGAGCUCAACCUCAUCAGCAACAACAACCAGGACCCAAAAACCUGCGAGGCAGAGAAUCACGUGUGUGACCCGCUGUGUGCAAACAGAAGCUGCUGGGGUUUCGGGCCGAGCCAGUGUGUAUCGUGUAAGGCAUUUCGACGUGGGACGGAGUGUGUGGAGCAGUGCAGCAUUCAGCAGGGUUCCAUCAGAGAAUUCAUCAACGGUUCCUCCUGUGUUUCCUGCCACCUGGAGUGUCGCAUAAUCAAUGGGUCCGCGUCCUGCACCGGCCCGAAUGCGGACGACUGCGUGGAGUGCCUGCAUUAUCAGGACGGCGACAUGUGCGUGAAGCGCUGCCCGAGCGGGGUGAAGGAGGACCAGCACACCGUGUGGAAAUAUGCCAACGAGAGCGGGCACUGUGUGCCCUGUCCUACAAACUGCACCGUCUCGUGUUUGGAGGACAGUCAAGGGUGUCCAGUUCACCUGAAAACUGGGCCCGGCACCACCAUAGCUGCAGCGAUCGGCGGUGUGGUUCUCUUCCUCAUCCUGCUGACUCUGCUCGUCUUCUACCUGCUCCGACAGAAGAAGCUGAAGAAGAAGGAGACCCUGAGGAGAAUAGAGCAGGAGCAUGAGCUGGUGGAGCCGCUCACCCCCAGUGGAGCCCAACCCAACCAGGCUCAGAUGAGGAUCCUGAAGGAAACCGAGCUGAAGAAGUUGAGAGUUCUGGGAUCUGGAGCUUUCGGGACUGUCUACAAGGGUAUCUGGACUCCUGAUGAAGACAACAUGAAGAUCCCAGUGGCCAUUAAAGUGUUGCGCGAGAACACCUCACCCAAAGCCAACAAGGAAAUCCUGGACGAGGCGUACGUGAUGGCGGGUGUGGUCAGUCCGUACGUGUGUCGCUUGCUGGGAAUCUGUUUGACCUCCACCGUGCAGCUGGUGACUCAGCUCAUGCCGUACGGCUGCCUGCUGGACUACGUGCGUGAGAAUAAAGACCGGAUCGGGUCCCAGUACCUCCUGAGCUGGUGUGUACAGAUCGCUAAGGGAAUGAGUUACCUGGAAGACGCGCGACUGGUUCACCGAGACCUGGCGGCCAGAAACGUCCUGGUGAGAAACCCCAACCACGUGAAGAUCACAGAUUUCGGCCUCGCUCGGCUCCUGGACAUCGACGAGACCGAGUACCACGCAGACGGAGGGAAGGUGCCGAUUAAAUGGAUGGCGUUGGAGUCCAUUCUUCACAGGAGGUUCACGCACCAGAGCGACGUGUGGAGUUACGGAGUGACGGUGUGGGAGCUGAUGACUUUUGGCAUGAAGCCCUAUGACCUGAUACCAGCGCGGGAUAUUCCCGAACUCCUGGAGAGAGGAGAACGACUCCCGCAGCCUCUCAUCUGCACCACCGACGUCUACAUGAUCAUGGUCAACUGUUGGAAGAUCGAUCCUGAGUCUCGACCCAGAUUUAAGGAUCUGGUGACUAACUUCAGCGCCAUGGCACGAGAUCCUUCACACUUCGUCGUCACCCAGAACGAUCUGAGUCCGUUUGAGAGCGAGUUUUACCGGACGUUGCUGGAGGAGGAAGGCGGGAACGUUAACGAGCUCCUGGACGCCGAGGAGUAUCUGGUUCCUCAGCCUGGAUUUUUUGAGAACGCGGCGAACGGGCCCAGUCGACGCCAGUCUCACAGGAGCACAGAAAUGAUCCUAGACACAGACGGCGCGAGAAAUGCGCGGAGCAUGCACUCGUCCGUCAGCACGCUGGGGCGCGCUCUGUACCCCGCCCUUCCCUCAGGAGCCACCGCCAACGGGACCUGGGCCGGCUCUCAGUACCGCUCGCUGGCCAGGAGCCAAUCCCACUGCUCGGCCGGGGGCCAGUCCGACAACGUGUUUCUGGACGGCGGCAGGGACGAACCCCCCUCCAGCCCCGGGCGCUACAGCAAGGACCCCACGUACCCCGCCUACGUGGACGGAGAACUGGAGGUGGACGGGCCGAUGAGCUACCUGUCACACACACUACCACGCAAAACACACACACAGCAAGAGUACGUGAAUCAGGACGUCCACUACGAGAGGGCGAGCACGCUGCCCCGCAAGUCCACCGAGAGGCGGAUACCCAACGGCCUGAGCGUGGGCCGGAGCGUGGAGAACCCCGAGUACCUGGUUCCUGCCGCGCCCGCCUUUGACAACCCGUAUUACCUGGAUCUGGUGGCCAAAAACGGGGCUCCCCCGGGCGGGGCCGCGGCGCCUCCCAGGCGGGCGAACGGCUUUGUGACUCAGACGGCCGAAAACCCAGAGUACCUGGGACUGGCUGAGACCUGGAGCGGGCAGAGGGAGUGCACCUGAGGGACGGUCCGAAGUGAACGGGUGAAUGAUGGAUGAGUGAGUGGGUGAGUGAGUGGGUGAGUGAGUGAGUGGGUGAGUGAGUGAGUGGGUGAGUGAGUGAGUAACUAAAAUGUGCGUUUUUUUCACUACGUUUAUUACAAACGGACGUAUAAUCGAAUGUGGUACGAGCUAACGCGGCGCAUCUAAACGGUACGAGUCGACUGGGACGUUUUUUAAGACGACGUGAACGAAGCUUCUGAGAAUGUAUGAAACGAAAUACACUGGAUCCGACGGGAGGAACUACUACAGUCCGUGUUGUGAGAAUAUUUUUCUGUCCUCCCUGCCGCUCUCUCUCUCUCUCUCUCUCCGCUGCACUACAGGAGUCGUUUCCCGGGCCUCGCUGGAGCAGCUGUCCUUUUCUGAAUGUGUGGGGCUUUGUUUUCGGAUCAGACGGACUCUGUGAGCGCUAAACGGGGGGCGCGUUUAUAAAAAAAUGAGCCACGAUGAUUGAUGUUGUAACACUAAUCCUGAGGUGCGUUGUUGUUUUUGUGUUCCCGUCACGUCCACUAUUAACUUUAGGACCAAUUAACACUAUCAGAUCAUGUGACCUUCUAUAGAUGACUGGAAUGAAGUGAGGAAUUUAUGAUUUAUUUACAUUUAUGCCGUUACGCACACGCUUAUAUCCAAAGGGGGGUUAUGGGCCACACUUAUGCCUGGUUCACACUACAUGAUUUUCGCUCGCCGACUGGUCACCGCUAGAUGUGGCGGCUCGGAAGCAACGGGGCUUAAAACUCGGCUCUCGAUCGCUAUGUGUGAAUUGUUCAACAACUCGAUCUGCUCGGCGACUCGAGAAAAAUAUCUAGCAUGUUAAAUAUAAACCGGUCUGAGACGCAAAAUCGUGUAGUGUGAAAGGCGUCGCGAGCAGGUUGCGAGUGGCAGCGAGUGCUAUGUCGAGCCACAUGAACAUCGAUUGGCCUGUUGUUCAGAUAGGGGUGGGAUUAAGCCGGAUAAGGACUCUAUCAUAACUAAAGCAAUUACGACCUCUGCUGGCUGAUUGAUGGCGCCUGCACAGAGACGAGGAAAGAGUGCUCUCAGGGUGUGUCUCUCCGUACACAACGCUGAGCUGCACUGCAUUCGUCAAAGUGUAGGUGACAAGAUGCAUACGGCUGCUGCCCACGUGUCGGAGAUGGCGUGGGUUAGCUUUGUUCUCCUCAAUCAGGGCGGGGAUCGGCAUUGGUGGAGAGGAAGCAUGACGCAAUCGGGCAAUUGGACGCGCAAAAAGGGGAAGCUGAACCAUCAUACCCACACUGCAUUGCAGAACAUAUUUAUUAACCUCUAACUCACUACAGAACAGAACAGACGCCCCCUGCUGGUCGUGUAGCCCAAUCCACUCGGAUUCAUUUAUUUUUCCUACUUGCUUUUACGCUGCACAUCGCAUUGUUGACGUGCAUUUUUAGACGUGUUAUCAUUAAACCCCUCAUCACCUUGCAUGUGUUUUCGUGUCAAGACGUAGUUUGGGAGACCAGACAGACUCGCCUGAGAUUCCUCCUGAUGAUAGAUGGUGUAGUGUGAAGCCCCCAUCACUGAUCAGUCGUGUAGUGUGAAAAUCACAACAACUCAAAAGACUCCUGAUUACAAGAGAUCCAGUCGUUUUUAUUUCUUAAAUUUUAUUUUUCGCUCUGUUAUAAGUUGAUUCUUCUCAGCGUUUACAUAAUCAGCUUGCUAAAUUAAUUGGUUUUCAUGUUGUCUUUGUGAUCUUUAAACACUAUUUCAUAUGCACGUUUAUUCAUCUGUCGCUUCUUUACACCAGCCAGCGGUGGAUUCUCUUUAUGAACCUUUAUGUUCCGCCAUCGCUGGCACCUCAGGCAGACUGCAGGACUCACCGGUCACUGUUGCAGCCCCAAAUACAAACAGUUGGGGCUGUCAAACGCCGGCUAUUCAUGUUGUAGAAAUUAUUCUCGAUGCUGCCGACCCCAAAUUUGAAUGUAAGAAUUUACACUAAAAAGACGUCCAGGUGGCGCAGUGGUACGAACUCAUCGGUUCGAAUCUCAGCUCUGCCAUCCGGUUGGACUGGGCGACUACACGAACAACGAUUGGCUUGUUGUUCAUCCAAGGAGGGAGUCAGAAAGGGACCUCAUAACCUCAUAACUGAUGCAAUUACGACCUCUGCUGGCUGAUUGAUGGCCACUGCACAGGGUUGAGGGAUAAUGCUGAUCGUUCUCCGUACACUAGGCUGAUCCGCAUAUGAACUCACCUCGUGCAGGUGAAAAGAUGCAGUCGGUACUGCUCACGUGUCGGAAGGCGCGUGUGUCAGUCUCGCUCUCCUCAAUCAGGAGUGGAGAUCAGCACCAGCAGAGAGAAACUAGAUACGACUAGAAAAAAAAGACGUCCUUUUAUUGUAUUAAUACCAACACAAAGUGGAAAUCUAUUCACCAAAUUUAAUUCAUCCUUUGGUACAUCCUUAUCUUUCCCCUUUUUUUAGAUGAAUAAUCAUGAAUGUAAUGCUAAUUAUUUUGGGAGACUCGCUCUGUAGAGCAGAAUGAACGUUAGCUUGUUGAAUCCUGACUCGAAUCCUGACUCGCCGUCGUGCAUGUUAAGUUUCUAGACCUCAGACAAAACAGAGCAGCUUGUGUUCCAGAUUCAAUCAAAUGGGGGUCUAGGAGGGGCAGCAUAUAUAUUUUUUAAUAAAAUGAACACCAAGCCAGUAACGUGCCAGUUCUGACAUCUCAGAAACCUUUUAUAUUUACUUUUAUAAGUUUGGAUUGAGGCAAACAUGGACAAUUGGGACAUUAUUGGACAAAAAUGCUUCGCAUUAGACAUUUUCUAUACAGAAAAAGCAAUUAAAUAAGUGUAUUUUCUAUAUUUGGGCUGUGUGAUGCAAAUAAAUGAAAAUUGAAAUGAGGUAAAUAAAUACACUGUGUGGCAAAAGUAUGUGGACACCUGAAUAUGAACUUGUUGGACAUGACAUUCCAAAACCCUGGACAUUAUUGUAGAGUUUUAUAACAGCCUCGAAUCUUCUAUAAGGCUUCAAACAAAGAUUUGGCAGUGUUUCUGUGGGAACCUGUGCCCAAUUCCGUCAGCAGAGCAUUUAAUACAAGUUGGACCAGAAAAUGAAAUAAUUCUCUAAAACUGUUGGGUGUGAAAUGUAGAGAUGCAACUUGUAUACGUACUUAAUCAUUAGACAGGGUGUCCAGAUACUUUUGGCACUAAAAUGACAAAAUGUGUUUAAAUCUGUUUAAUGAUGGGACUAAAAUGAAAUAAAUGCUUAUUAUUAUUAUUAUUAUUAUUAUUAAGUUUUAGAGGAAAUUAUGUCACUGUAUCAGUACAGAUUCCUACAAAUAUGAUAAAUUAAUUUGGAGAUUUCAUUCAGUUUUAUGUUCUUAUAUUAUUAUUUUCUGUAUGAAUGAUUUGAAUUCAGAUUUUAUUUGAAGUCGUAGAGCCGCUGAACCCUGAGCUCUCUACACGGUUUGAUUUUUGUUUGCUGAGAAGAGUCACGUCUGAAUAAUGAAACGUUGUGGUGGAGGAGAUGAAACCGAAAGCAUAUUGAAGGAGUUUGUACAGUUGAAGUCUCGUCUUGUUGUGUCUGAUCGUUGCUUCUGUGUGUUCUGGAUGAUUUGAUGUUCCGCUUCUGUACAGAUUCCUGCAGUCGGAGGGAAUCUGAGCUCUGAUUAUUUUGAUUGGUUUCAUUCAGAAGUGAAAAUUGAGAAAGUAAGAGUAGUGAACAGUUGUGGGCGUCUGUAUAAUUUUGUACACAAUGUUCAUAAAAGCUGGUGUUUGGUGUCUUGUGUAAAAGUAUCAGAACCGUCGGUCUGUCUGUAUUUUAUUUUAUUGAUUUGAUUAUUAUUUUUUAUUGUGAGGGUUCUUUUGUAAAACAGUAAUAAAAUAUCCUAAAUGUGUCCAAUACCUUCAAAAAA